GUGACUAAAAUAGUGCUUUGCACAAAAUAUGCAUUCAAUAAUUAUAUAUUGAAUACAUAAAUGCACAAUUAUCAAAAUCUUUAACUUACAUGCUUUGUAGUAAACUUUAAGUGGGCAAAGAUAUCAUCUCAAAUGACUCACCAAUGGCAUACAGAAAUCUUAUAAAUUAGGCUACUUCCUCCAAGAAGCCUUCUUUGACACCAAACGUCUGGGCUAGGUUUCCCUCAUAUGAUUGCUUAGCAUCCAGUGUUUCCCCCAUCAUAGCCCCUGUUAUAUCGUAAUUGAGUUACUUAUUUGUUAUGUCCUACUGAACUGUAGGUCUCCUGACUGAAAUAAACAAAUAUGUCAACUGCUUGAACACUUUUUCACAUAGUUAAUGAAUUCUUCAUCUUUCCAAAUCAUGAAAGAACUAGGAAAGAAGUUAUUAAAGCUCAGUAACCUAGAGGUCAUACUAUGCAAAGGGCACGCUGUGGCCAUCAACAACAGAUCCUACUGCUUGAUGAGGCAUUCUUUGAGGCUUCCAAGGAAACAUAGGGAUACAAGUCCAGGGGUUCAGGAUGGUCUGCUAUGUCCCCACACUAGCUCCAUUUGGAAGGUCUGGUCCCUACCCCAACCCCAGAAUGACAGCACAAUGCAGCCCACUCUGACAUAAGCCUGUAACUCUGCUUGCCACAUGAUCAGUAUCCUGGCGUCUCCUAGAAGCAGUCCACAAUAACACUGCCUUCAGUGUAAAAAUGUGCCUAUUUGCAGUCACUGCCUCUACCACCACUAACAGCAGAGCCUGAGCCAAGAAGAAAUCAGUUCUCACUACCAGCACACCCCUCCCCAACAAUCUGUUGUAACAUGGUGGAUUACUAUGAAGUUCUAGGAGUGCAGAGACAUGCUUCACCUAAGGACAUUAGGGCUUAUCAUAAAGUGGCACUUAAAUGGCACCCUGAUAAAAGUCCAGAAAAUAAAGCAGCAGCUGAGAGAAAGUUCAAAGCAGCAGCUAAGGCAUAUGAGGUAUUAUCAAAUGAUGAACAAUGGGACAUUUAUGAUAAAUAUGGCAAAGAAGGAUUAAAUGGUGGAGGUGGAAGUCAUAUUGAUGAUUCUUUUGAGUAUGGCUUCACAUUUCAUAAGCCAGAUGAUGUCUUCAAAGAAAUUUAUGGUCAAAGGGACCCAUUUUCAUUUCAUUUCUUUGAAGACUCACUUUAGGACCUUUUAAAUAGUCCAAAAAGCUCUUGUGGAAGUAGAAACAGAGGUGCAAGAUACUUUCUAUCCAGCGAAUAUCUAGUUUUUGAGAGAUUCCCUUCAGAUGAUACAGAAUAUAUACCAUAUGGUUCACUGGGCCACGAGGGCCUUGAUUCAUUCUCUUCCCUGGCAUUUGAUGAUAGUGGGAUGGGCAAGUACAUAUCUGUUACACUUUCAGGUAAGAUUGUUAACAGCAGAAAUCUCAAUACACAGACUGAGAACGAUCGAGAAAGAGAAAAAGCUGAAGAUGAUGGAAAGUUGAAGUCCUUCAUUAUAAAAGAUGUGGUAGAGGAAGCGGGUUUUGCAGAAGAAUGCAGCCAGAGUAGACAAUCAUUCAACAGUUAUUCACCAAAGUCCUACAGCUCCAAACAUGUAUCUCAGUAUACUUUUGUGGACAAUAUUGAGUAAGGUAUACCUUGGGUUACCAGCAGCAGGGAUCCCUCUAUUGUCUCAUUAGGAUUCAAAGAAGGUGGUAAGAGGAAAAAGAAGAAGCAUAAAGAGGUGCAGAAGAAGUCAACCAAAAGGAAUUGUUAAAUUGGCUCUUUAGACACAUUAUGUUCAUACAACAUUUGAACACAGCUCUUUGUGUUUUCGUUAAUGAGAGUUUUGUAGAUCUGUUUAAAGCUAUACUAAUUUAAACAUGUUUUAUGUUUUUAACAUGUUUAGCAGGAUCAUGGACAUUUGGUCAGUGGUUAGUUGGAUAAGCUAUGUCAGAAAAAGAUGAGUUUGUGAUGACAGUGAUGUUAAGAAUUUGGAAAACAGCUAAAUAAUUGUUUUUCAGCUAAAUAUUUACAUGUCAUAGGGUUUUUCUUUAGAAAAGUGAU